GGCGGGCUGGGGCGCGGGGCCUGGGGCUGGCGUGCAGCCAGCGCUCCUUCCCUAGCAUGCGCACGGAGGCGGCGGGCGGCGCGGAGCGGCGGCCCCAGAAGCCGCGAAGCCGAGCAGCGGCACCUGCCUGCCGAGGUACGUGGCGCAGCCCCCAGCCGGCAUAGCGGACUCCGGCAACCCAGGCAGCGGCGAUCCUCCUUUGCCCACUCGUUCCCGGGGCCCAGCGACUCCUCCCCAGCCCUGCGACGCCCGACGCGCCUGCUGGGGGACACGGGCGGAGGGUCGCGGCUCCGGGCCGCCUAGAUCGGCGCCCCCGCGGCCGGCGCAGGUGUGGAUGCAGCGCAGCGGAAAUGCCAGCUGAGUUCGCCUCUGCAGAUCUGAGAAGAGAUUGCUCAAGGACCUCCCUGCAAUGGUACACCCGAACCCAGAACAAGAUGAGAAGACCCAGCUUGCUAUUAAAAGACAUUCUCAAGUGUACAUCGGUUGUGUUUGCAGUGUGGCUGCUGUACAUCCUCAAGGUAAAUUACACUGUUGAAGAAUGUGACAUGAAGAGAAUGCAUUACGUGGACCCUGACCGCAUAAAGAGAGCUCAGAGAUACGCUCAGCAAGUCCUACAGAAGGAAUGCCGGCCCAGGUUUGCGAAGAAAGCCAUGGCUCAGUUAUUUGAGCACAGGUACAGCAUGAACUUGGAGCCCUUUGUGCAGAAAGUCCCCAAGGCCAGUGAAGCCGAACUCAAAUAUGACCCUCCUUUUGGAUUCCGGAAGUUCUCCAGUAACAUCCAGAGCCUCUUGGACCUGCUGCCUGAGCGUGAUUUUCCCGAGCACUUGAGAGCCAAGCACUGUAAGCGCUGUGUGGUUGUUGGCAAUGGAGGCAUCCUGCAUGGACUAGAGCUGGGCCACGCCCUCAACCAGUUUGAUGUGGUCAUAAGGUUAAACAGUGCACCCAUCGAGGGUUAUUCUGAACACGUUGGAAAUAAAACCACCAUAAGGAUGACUUACCCAGAGGGAGCACCACGAUCAGACGUGGAAUACUAUGCCAGUGACUUGUUUGUCACCGUUUUAUUUAAGAGUGUUGAUUUCAAGUGGCUUCAAGCAAUGUUAAAAAAUGAAACCUUGCCUUUCUGGGUUCGGCUCUUCUUUUGGAAGCAGGUGGCAGAAAAAAUCCCACUCCAGGCGAAACACUUCAGGAUUCUGAACCCAGUUAUCAUCAAAGAGACUGCCUUUGACAUCCUUCAGUACUCAGAGCCUCAGCUGAGAUUCUGGGGCCAGGAAAAGAAUAUCCCCACAAUCGGUGCCAUUGCCAUUGUCUUAGCCACACACCUGUGUGACGAAGUCAGCUUGGCAGGCUUUGGAUAUGACCUCAGUCGGCCCCGGAUCCCUCUGCAUUACUUCGACAGCCAGUGCAUGGGUGCCAUGAACUUUCAGCUCAUGCACAAUGUGACCACAGAGACCAAGUUCCUCCUGAAGUUGAUCAAGGAGGGUGUGGUGAAGGACCUCAGCGGGGGCAUCCAUUGCGAAUUUUGAGCACAACAAACCUCAAUUAGAAACGCAGCUGAGAACCGUGGCGAACAGCCCUCGCUUGCAGUCACCCCGCAGCUGCGCUGACUCGCAGCUGCUUUUAAACUUUUAAUUAAAAAAGAAGGAAAAAAAAACAAAAACAAAAAACAAAAAAGUUUAGCUCCUCCCACCCCUCACCUCUUUGCCCUAUUUAUUUGAAGUCAUUGUUGGGUUUUGCACAUUUUUAUAAAUUAAUUUUAAGAAUGGGAUUGAAAAGACUUUUCAGAGAGAAUCUUAUUGUAUUCUAAGGAAAUAAUUUAAUUUGCAGAAACUGUACACAUGUCGUCUGCACGGUGAGCAGCAGGUGAUGCGGUAGCAGGAGAGGGGCCUCUGUCCCUUUGGUGAUGGCCCUGGUGCCUGCGUCCGUCUGGAUUCUGCUGCUCUGUUUGGUAGAACGGACGGCAGAGGGGACUUCCCAGUUCCUGGAUGCAGGGCUUCACUCAUCACCACUGCAGCCGCAGAGGUGGAGGCCACUAGACAAGUCCAUACCCCUUUCUGCAGCUCCAUCUUCCGCCAGGCAACCAGCCAGAGCAGCUGCUUGGAGGUGGCUGGCUGGAGAGCCACUGUUUGCUGAGUCCUGUGACAUUGCCUCAGGCUGCAGGAGCCACGUCUAUCCCACGCUGCCAGGACACUUUUUAUACUUGGAGAGGAUUUUUCUUUCCUGCUCUUCCAAAGCACUUAUGUGUCAUUAUGACACUGCUGUUUGUCUGAGGUGGCACAUCGAAAUUAUGACAAAACCUCAGUUAUCCAGAGCCGUGGGGGAAUGAGCCCUUCCAGGGAUGAAGGAUCACAUUUCUGAAGCACUGGAAUGAAAUCCUCCCAUGAUAACUUGCUUAAUUAAACAAAAAAGAAAGAAAGAAAGGUUUUCAAAUGCCUGACAGUGUAUACAAAGUAAUGUCAAAAAAAAAAAAAAAAAAAAAAAAAAAAAAAAAAAAAAAAAGAAAAGAAAGAAA